ACUAGUGCCUAAACACAGCCACAAAGGGGCAAAGUAAAUCAAUUAUCUCCAUGGUUUUCAAGGAGAUCUCUUGAUAUCAAAACUUCUUUCUUUAUACACUUCUCCUCUGAUCCUGUGGAGAUGAAAAUUGACAUCCAUAGCCAUAUUCUACCAAAAGAAUGGCCAGAUCUAAAAAAGAAAUUUGGCUACGGAGGCUGGGUGCAGCUCCAACACCACAGCAAGGGAGAAGCAAAGAUGCUGAAAGAUGGGAAGGUUUUCAGGGUGGUCCAAGAGAACUGCUGGGAUCCAGAAGUCCGUAUUAAAGAAAUGGACCAAACAGGAGUGACACUGCAAGCCCUUUCCACGGUUCCUGUCAUGUUUAGCUACUGGGCUAAACCUCAGGACACUUUAGACCUGUGCCAGUUUUUAAACAACGACUUAGCUGCUACCGUAGCGAGGCACCCCAGGAGGUUCGUGGGUCUGGGGACAUUGCCCAUGCAGGCCCCGGAGCUGGCUGUCAAGGAGAUGGAGCGCUGUGUGAAAGAGCUGGGCUUCCCCGGGGUCCAGAUCGGCUCCCACAUCAACGAGUGGGACCUGAACGUGCAGGAACUCUUCCCUGUCUACGCAGCAGCUGAAAAGCUGAACUGUUCCCUAUUCGUGCACCCCUGGGACAUGCAAAUGGAUGGACGGAUGGCGAAAUACUGGCUCCCUUGGCUUGUAGGAAUGCCAGCAGAGACCACCACAGCCAUUUGCUCCAUGAUCAUGGGUGGAGUGUUUGAGAAGUUUCCUAAACUGAAAGUGUGCUUUGCACACGGAGGUGGAGCCUUCCCCUUUACAAUAGGAAGGAUCUCCCAUGGAUUCAGCAUGCGCCCAGAUCUGUGUGCCCAGGACAAUCCAAUCAAUCCAAAGAAAUACCUCGGUUCCUUUUACACAGACUCUUUGGUUCAUGAUCCUCUGGCCCUCAAGCUGUUAACAGAUGUCAUAGGAAAGGAUAAAGUCAUCUUGGGGACUGAUUACCCCUUUCCACUAGGUGAGCUAGAACCUGGAAAAUUGAUAGAAUCCAUGGAAGAAUUUGAUGCAGAAACAAAGGAUAAACUCAAAGCUGGCAAUGCCCUAGCAUUUUUGGGUCUUGAGAGAAAACUAUUUGAAUGACUGAAUUUACUACAAAGGCAAUCUUUCAAAAUCUUUUCUGUUGUUAAAUAUGUAUCACACAUGCAUACUAAAAUCCUAUUUUAAACUCUUUUACCCAGAAAUAGAAUAUCCUUGAGUGUCCUAAAUUAUUCAUAACAAAAAUGACUCACAUGUGUUUUCACUGUGAAAUGCAGUACAUGAUUUCACAUGCAAACCAAAAAUGAUUCUCCCAGCACUUUAAAAAUUAAUCACAGAUUCCACUUAUAGGUGAGAUCAUAUGGUAUUUGUCCUUCACUGCCUGGCUUAUUUCACUUAGCAUAAUGCUUUCCAGAUCUACCCAUGCUGUUGCCAAGGGUAGAAGCACCUUCUUUGU